UCAGCAUUCAACAUGGCCACAACAUUGUUGAUGGCGGUGUUUGGCAGUCAAGACGUUAUUUUGUGCCCUUCAUCAUAAACAGUGGUUGUCACUUGGGUGAAAGACUGCAUGGCUUUUUGUCACGUUGUUUUCUAGUUUAUAAUAAUGGGUUCUCUUUUUUGGUGAGUGCGUUUUUGGAUUUACUUCACCUGCAACGCUAUACUAAAGAUUUCUUAAGCUGAAGUUGGAUUUUCACACCUUGGCAGUAUCAUUCAGGGUUUUUUUUCUGUGCAAUGGAAAUGGAUGUUGUGGAAGAUAACACUGACAGCUCGUUUAUCAAGAAGAAGGACAAUUGGAAUGGCAGACCAAGUUGCUCUUUUGGAAAGUCAAACUCUCCUCUAAAUUCUGCCUUAAUGGAAAGAAUAAAUGGACAGAGUGUGGUGCCGAAGAACACAAAAAACCAUGAUUUCAAUUCAGAAGAGAUGCGAACUAAUGAUACCAUUUUAGUCAAUCUGGAAAUCGGUGACAAAAUAUUUGAAAAUAUUCCAAUAAAAUCUGGCUGUCUUUUGCAAGAUCUAGCAGAAGAAUUUGCAGAGAAUGAGGCUAUUCAAGUGGCUUAUUUUUUGAAUGAAAGGAUCAAAAAAGGAGGAGAGCUCUGUGAUGUCAAUGAUGCCCAAGUGUUGAUAAAACUAAGAUCAAACUGGAAAUGGAUACCCAUUGAUGACUUACUAGAUGACCUAACACUAACAGUAGAAGAAGCAUUUCCUGGCAUACAGGACAAUUUUCAGAUUACCUUUAGCCUGACUCCAAGAUCUCAAAGAUCACAUUUAUCUCAAGCCGAAACGCCAGAGUCCCCUAUUCCAUGUAAUUCCAAUGAAGUCCAUGAGGAGUUGAAUAGCAAGUCACCUCAAGAAAUGAAACCGACAUUUAUGUUAAACAUGAGAUGCAUAGCAAGACAUAUUAGAACGCACAGUGCGCAAGUCAAGAAAAAAACUGCUCAAAAACCCGCCAGAAAGGUUUUGCCAAGACAAUUGGCUGCAACUUACAGUCGAGCAAGAAACGCGAAGAAAAAUGCUGCUGUUGCACAGAAAUUUCGCAAACACAAGGAAGAAAAUAAACCAGCACUUGAUUCAUCGGCUUCCGUGUCGUCAGGACCAAGAGAGACAAUCAUUGAACCUUCAAUGAAGAACCCAGCCUUUAUCCCUGACGAUAGCAUCGACUUUAAGCAACGAGUGUCUUCAUUUGGGGCCCUGGGACUACGUCAAGAUGUUCUAAAGGCGUUGGACGGAAUGAACGUCACUAAGCCAACUGUGAUACAGAUGGUUACUGUUCCGAAAAUACUCCUGAGGAAUCACGUAUUGGCUGCUGCGCAGACAGGUUCAGGUAAAACAAUAGCCUAUCUUGCUCCGCUCGUCCAUCAUUUACGAGAAGAAGAAGAGAGACACGGCAUUGUGGCAAGAUUAAACAGACCUCGCGUAUGCGUAGUUGUACCAGCGCGGGAACUUGCUGUGCAAGUCUUGAAAGUUGCCAAAGCUUUUAGUCACCAUGCAAAGUUUAGAUCAAUGGGAGUCAUAGGAGGACGCAAACAGAAAUGGAUUCGUAAGGACCUGGAGAACCCCGUUGAUUUGGUGGUAGCAACUCCUGGAACCUUGCUGAAAUACAGGCAAAAAGAUCGAUUGUUCUUUAGUGAUUUGACGCAUCUUGUCAUAGACGAAGCCGACACCAUGUUCGACAGCUCGUUUAAAAAACUUUCCAUGGAAAUACUGCACACAAUCAAUGUCCGUGAAUCAAAGCCACCUUUACCAAAUCAACUCCCCAUCGAUACACAAGUCACCAUCGUCGGUGCAACGCUACCCGAUGAACUUCUUGUCUCCACUCUGAACGAGAUUGUCCCGAAUAUGACCAAGUGCACAUCAGGACUCCACAGGGUACUGCCCCACGUGCGCCACAUGUUUGUGAAGAUAAAUCAAAAAGACAAAGCAGAACGUUUAGUAGAGCUGUUGCAAAAAGACUCCCGACAGGGAGGACGCACGGUAGUUUUUUGUAACUCAGCGUCUUCCUGUGAUUGGCUGGGGCAUUACCUUGACAAAAUGCACUUUUCAUUUAUACGUCUGCAUGGGAAUAUUCCACCUGAGAUACGCUGUCAACUGUUCGAAGACUUCCAGAAACGCGUCUCAGAUAUUUUAAUUUGCACCGAUGUCGCUUCCAGGGGACUGGAUACUAGUGACGUAACACACGUGAUUAAUUUCGACUUUCCAACCUCUGUUGUCGACUACAUCCAUCGUGUUGGUCGGACUGGGCGUGUCAGUCACGUGAUACCCAAGGUUACGUGUCGUGCUACCAGCUUUGUGACUCAUAACCGUGAUGCUCGCAUGGCGAAAACUAUCGAGGUUGCGGCCAAGAAAAAAGAAAGUUUAGACCUUGGCAAGUCAAGAGACCGUGCAAAAAAAGAAAAACUYCUUWCAGUUCAAAAAAGGAACAAAGACACCCAACAGAUGUAAUACUAACAUUUGUACCCUUAUUGAAGAAUUUGAAUAUAGUUCUGAAAAUAAAUAUAUAUUUGUGAUGAGUAAUCUCACAAUUAAAUGUACAAAGUUCGUUUGGUUUUCGAAGAAAUUGUACGGAAAGUGUUUAGCUACAAGGAUUGUAACGAA